AUGAAGUCUAUCGUAGGACUUGCUGCUGUGCUGCAACUAGCAGUACAUGCUUCUGCACAGGAUGGCCAAUCCAGUCCCUCUGAACUCGAGAAUUUCUGGUCUUAUGGCCGUUCAGAAUCGGUGCCGAAUACACCUGUUGCAAAGGGAUUAGGAGAUUGGUCCGAUGCCUAUUCCAAAGCCCGAAAGCUCGUUUCCCAGAUGACCGAUGAAGAGAAAAAUAACAUUACUUACGGACACGAAUCAACAACUACUGGAUGCUCAGGGGUCACUGGCAGCGUUCCGAGGUUGGACUUUCCGGGUAUCUGUUUCCAAGAUGCCGGUAAUGGUGUUCGUGGGGUUGAUAUGGUUAACUCUUACCCGGCUGGUAUCCACACCGGUGCGUCUUGGAACAGGGAUCUUGCCCAUUCUCGGGGAGAGCACAUGGGCGCUGAAUUCAGGCGAAAGGGUGUCAAUGUGGCAUUAGGUCCUGUUGUUGGGCCUGCAGGCAGACUCGCCUCGGGAGGUCGCAACUGGGAAGGCUUUGGAAGUGACCCUUAUCUUUCAGGAGCUCUCGCGGCAGAGUCUGUCCGUGGUCUGCAGCAGAAUGUCAUUGCAUGCGUCAAACAUCUCAUUGGAAAUGAACAGGAAACUAGUCGGAACUCUCCACAGCUAUUGGAAGGCUCGCAUAACCAGUCUCUUUCAACGAAUAUUGAUGACAAGACGAUUCAUGAGCUCUAUCUCUGGGGAUUCCAGGAUGUUGUCAAAGCUGGUGCUGGAUCAGUCAUGUGCAGCUAUAACCGUAUCAACAACAGUUACGGAUGUCAGAAUAGCAAGGUUAUGAAUGGCUUGCUCAAGGGAGAACUCGGCUUUCAGGGGUUUGUGGUGUCUGAUUGGACUGCCCAGCACACCGGUAUUGCCAGUGCAAAUGCAGGCAUGGACAUCGCCAUGCCGGACUCCCAGUAUUGGGAGAAUAACACGCUAGCCAUAGCUACCAAAAAUGGUUCGAUGCCCGACUUCCGACUUGAUGAUAUGGCAACACGCAUCAUCGCCUCUUGGUAUAAAUAUGCCGAGAUACCAAACCCCGGUCAUGGUAUUCCUGUUAGUCUGCUCGAGCCUCAUAAUCUCGUCGAUGCCAGGGAUCCAAAGUCAAAGAAUGUCAUUCUUCAAUCGGCCAUUGAAGGUCAUGUUCUUGUCAAGAAUACAGCAGGAGCCCUUCCUCUGCGAAAGCCGAAGUUCCUCUCACUCUUUGGAUACGACGCUAUUCCUUCUCCUUUGAAUACUGCGGAUGACGGCUCGUUAGGUGGCUGGUCGAUGGGCCUUCAAAAUGCUCUUACAUAUCCCAAUGGCAGCGCAGUGAAUAACGAAACUGAGAAAUACAUGUUUUUGUCGAGCACGAACCCCAACUUCCGUGGUCCAGGUGUCGCGUUCAACGGCACACUCUUCGUUGGAGGUGGUUCGGGCGCCAGUACACCUGCCUACAUCGAUGCCCCACUCCACGCGUUCCAACGCCAGGCAUAUGAUGACGAUACUUUCAUGGCAUGGGACUUGAUUUCUCUUGAUCCACAUGUGAAUCCUGCCAGUGAGGCCUGUCUUGUCUUUAUCAAUGAGGCCGCCUCCGAGGGCUGGGAUCGACCAUAUCUUGCAGAUCCGUCUUCAGAUAAGCUUGUUAAGAAUGUUGCAGCCAAGUGCUCAAACACUAUGGUCAUAAUUCAUAAUGCAGGGAUUCGCAUUGUGGACGAGUGGAUUGAAAACCCCAACAUUACUGCUGUGCUUUAUGCCCAUCUGCCAGGCCAAGAUAGCGGCCGGGCUCUGGUCGAGGUCAUGUACGGUAAGCAGUCUCCUUCUGGCCGCUUGCCGUACACCGUCGCCCGCAAAGAGUCCGAUUACAAGGAGCUUCUUGAGCCGGUCAUUCCUUCGGGCACGCAGAACAAAUACUAUCCUCAAGACAACUUUACCGAGGGAGUCUACAUUGAUUACAAAGCCUUUAUUCAAAACAACAUCCAACCACGCUUUGAGUUUGGAUAUGGAUUAACCUAUUCGAACUUCUCAUACUCGAACCUCGAUGUCGGUGUCCAUUCCAACGCAGACUUGCAGUACAGUGCUACAGGAAGUGGUGCAAAAAUUUCAGAAGGAGGCUCUGAGGCGCUAUGGGACAUUGUCGCCAACGUCAAUUGCACUAUUCACAACACUGGAAAAUUUCGCGCCGCAGAGGUUGCUCAACUCUAUGUGGGUAUCCCAGGAGGACCCCCAAAGGUUCUUCGUGGGUUUGAGAAGAAGACCAUUGAUUCUGGCAAGAAGAAGCAUAUUCAAUUUGACUUGACGCGCCGUGAUCUCAGUCAGUGGGAUGUGGAAAAGCAGGCCUGGGGACUUCAGGCUGGGAGGUAUCCCAUCUAUGUCGGGAAAAGUGUUCUUGACAUCCAGCUACAUGGAGUUUUAGAUCUCUCUUGA